AAAGGAUGACUGACCACUUUUGUAGAAUUGAAUUGCGCCAUGAUUGUUAUGGACCAAAUUAGUGAUUCCUUGGCUUUCUUUUCAAGGGGUACAUGCUUCCAAUAAUAAACUGUUUUUCUAAUAUGUUGCAUCGUAAUUCAACAAUAAUUUCCUGGGCAAAAUAUUUGAUUUGACCCAUUUUUUUGACUACUUUUCACCUACAAAUGCUCAUAGAUAGACAGACACCUAAGUCACGGCGAAAGUGGGACCCAAAAACGCCUGCAACUGAACAAAUGGGUCAGGGUCCACGUCAGGUAGAUUUUGAAGUCUGCCAUUUUCUUUUUUGUACCCAGUUCCUUCUCCUAAGAUCACCCACAUUGUAUCCUUCCCCUCUCUUCCGUUGACUCGUGCUGUCCACGACUCCACCACCGUCGACCUUUCCCCUGCCGUCUCCCAUCAUUGAAAAACCAAGCCCUCACGCUUUGCCAUUCGCCCUCUUCUCUCGCUCUCUCAUGGCUGCUGCUCCCUCUUCUCUUCUUCCCAUCUAAUUUCUCUUUUCUUUGUUUCCGUUCCUCGAUGGAUCGAAGCCUUCAAGCAGUUGUUGCAGCAAUUUUGAGCUUCUUAUUAGUAUCUUUAAUCCUAGCUUGCAUUUUCUUAAUCUGCAAAUCCACCAAAAAACCCAACCGCCAAAAUCCUCCUCAAACCCGAUCCUUAACUCAAACCCGACCCGCCCCUAAUCCACCCGACCCCUCAACAUGCGACAGCGCCGCCUUCGACCCGUCUAUCAACCGCCUCGACAUGGAGGAACUCGCUGCCGCCACCAAGAACUUUUCCUCAGACCUUAUCAUCGGUGACGGCAGCUUCGGCUAUGUUUACAGGGCUACUCUCUCCAACGGAGUCACUGUCGCUAUCAAAAAGCUCGACCCGAAUGCUUUCCAGGGGCUCCGAGAGUUUCGAGCUGAGAUGGAAACCCUAGGUAAGCUUCGUCACCCGAACAUCGUGAAGAUUCUCGGGUUUUGCUCGUCGGGUCUUGAUCGGGUUUUGAUAUAUGAGUUUAUUGAGAAAGGGAGUUUGGACCAAUGGUUGUACGACACGUCAGCAACUGAGGAACAGGAAAACUCGGUUGGCCGGUUAACGUUGUCCUGGGAAACGAGGAAGAAAAUUGUCAGAGGGAUUGCCAAUGGGCUGGCGUAUUUACAUGGGCUUGACACGCCCAUCAUCCAUAGAGAUAUCAAGGCUAGCAAUGUCUUGUUGGGUAAAAAUUUCGAGGCUCAUAUUGCCGAUUUUGGGCUCGCUCGGCAAAUCCAGGAGGCCCAUUCACACGUGUCCACGCAGGUCGCCGGGACAAUGGGAUACAUGCCGCCGGAGUACCGAGAAGGGAACACGGCGGCGACAGUUAUGGCUGAUGCUUACAGUUUCGGAAUAUUAAUGAUCGAGAUUGCCACUCAAAAUCGUCCCAAUUGGCCCGUGAGAUUCGAGGGGAAAGACGUAGGACUAGUGGAGUGGGCUAGAAAAAUGGUGGAUCGAAAUCGACAAACAGAAAUGGUAUAUGAAAAGAUUCCGAGGAAAGGGUUAAUCGAAGAUGAGGUUAAGGAGUAUUUUCGAAUUGCAUGUAUGUGUACUAAUGAGAUUUCGAAAGAAAGGCCUGCCAUGAAUCAAGUUGUUGAGCUGUUGGAUCAAAUUGCAACAUGAAUUUGCAUGCAUUUGGAUAAUGAAGAUAGUUUGAGAUUCAGCUUCGUAUCUUUUUUUACCGGUAAGGGCUGCUAGUUUUGCACUUACAAAUUUCGCUUUGAAUUCCCAAUGCUAUAUAUAGUCUUACAUCUUCCAUUAACUAAAAUAUUCAUUUCUGUGCC